AUGACCAGCUUAACAGGUUCCUUAGGUUCCUUUAAGACCACAUCAUUCAGCUCUUCGGAACGAAAUAAUGAUUCGACAUUACGCGCUUGCUGUUAUCAGCCAGUCGAAACUGAUCAGCUGAGUGUGGCAAGCCAAUCAGAAACAUCAAGCCAGCCACAUGCAUGUUCGUCUGGAAGUUCUAGCUCUGGUCUAAUAACAUUAGGAGGUAUUAGCUUGGCUGUCUGGACCCGAUUCAAGCAACUUUUCGAUCAAAUAAGGGAAGAAAAAGGACUUAAUUCGGAAGAGAUGUGCUUUCACGUAGCAAUGGAAACCUGA